CUAAUCAAAGGCACUUGGUGGAGCACAGUGGGGGAAGAAGCUGGUUUUGGCCAGCUCAGAACAUAGGAAGCCGAAUGGGUCUCUGUGUUUGAAUUCUCCAGGAGAACUUUUACCGCCGCCCUUGGAUUUAAUCAUGCAUACAAAGGGCUUUCUCCGCUUGGUGCUGCUGCUAUUCACCUCUUCAGUCUUCAUUUUGUCGCCUGCUGUUCCACAAAGUUCAUCCUUGUCCCUGCGGAGUGGUUUAAAAAGCACCUCAUCUUGUAGACUUUCCCGAUAUGAGUCAGAGCAGCGAUGCCAAAUCCCAGGUGGAAAAAUGUGCAGCGGCAGAGGCCAAUGUGACUGUGGGGUCUGCAUCUGUCAAGUGACUGAGCCAGGCAAAUAUUAUGGGCCAUUAUGUGAAUGUCAUGAAUGGGUGUGUGAAACCUAUGGUGGAGAAAUCUGUGCAGGCCAUGGAAAGUGUGAUUGUGGAAAGUGUAAAUGUGAAGAAGGUUGGUAUGGUGAUGCUUGUCAAUACCCAACUAUCUGCAAUUUUACACGGAGGAAGAGUAAUGAAAUGUGCAAGAAUUCUCAAGACAUCAUUUGUUCAAAUGCAGGUACUUGUCACUGUGGCAGAUGUAAAUGUGACAAUUUAGAAGGAAAUGGAUUGAUCCAUGGUAAAUACUGUGAGUGUGAUGACGGAGAAUGUAUAGAUGAAGAAACGGGACUGAUGUGUACAGGCCAUGGCAUGUGUUACUGUGGAAACUGUUACUGCGAGGCUGGUUGGCAUGGUGAUAAAUGUGAACUCCAAUGUGACAUCGCCCCCUGGGAGAUCAAGAAGAAGUGUACCUCUCCAAAUGGCAAAAUCUGCAGCAACAGAGGAACCUGUGUAUGUGGAGAAUGCAUAUGCCAUGAUGUUGACCCAACUGGAGAUUGGGGAGAUAUUCAUGGAGAUACCUGUGAAUGUGAUGAACGCAAUUGCAAGGCAGCCUACGAUCGAUAUUCAGAUGAUUUCUGUUCAGGUCAUGGCCAGUGUAAUUGCGGACGAUGUGACUGUAAGACUGGAUGGACGGGGAAGAAGUGCGAACAUCCAACUUCUUGCCCUAUCUCCCCUGAAGAGAGCCUUAGGAAAUGCCAAGGAGAUUCACAUCUUCCAUGUUCUGGCAGAGGAAAAUGUGAAUGUGGCCGGUGUACAUGUUUUCCUCCUGGAGAGUCCAAAAUACACGGCAAACUUUGUGAGUGUGAUGAUAGACAGUGUGAAGACAACGAUGGCAAUAUCUGCAAUGAUCAAGGGACCUGUUCCUGUGGUCGCUGCAUUUGUAAGGAUGGAUGGUUUGGAAAAUUGUGUCAACACCCAAGGAAAUGUAACAUGGCCGAAGAUGAGAGCAGAAGUUUCUGUGAAUCAGCUGACGGCAUAUUAUGCUCCGGAAAGGGUUCCUGUCACUGUGGAAAAUGCAUCUGUUCUUCCCAGGAACGGUACAUUUCAGGAGAAUUCUGCGAAUGCGAUGACCGGGAUUGUGACAAAUAUGAUGGCCUUAUUUGCACAGGAAAUGGUAUAUGUAAUUGUGGAAACUGCGAGUGCUGGGAAGGUUGGACUGGAAAUGCUUGUGAGAUCUGGCUUGGGACUGAAUAUUCCUAACAUUGCCACGAAACACUGAGCACUGACAGAUACGUGGUGUAAAAUGAGGCUGCUAGACUACAUAAAUGUUCCUGCAGAAGUUUUGCUGUGCUGCUCCCUCAUGAAGCCUGGAAGCAUUUCAGCUAAAAAUCAAUGACAACCUCAUCACUUUCUACUAUUCAUGAAUUUUUUUUAGUCUUGAUACUUGCAAAAACAGCCCAUUGUUUAAAAUCUUACCUCCCUUGUGCUCAAGUUUACUGAGCUCUUUUGUAGUCUUUGGAGUUCAACUUUUUAUAUAUAUAUAAUAUAUAUACUGUAUGUGUUUACACACUUAUCUGGGUGACCGUUUUGAACUGGUUUGCCAUUGCUUUGUUCUGAGAUGUUUGCCAACUUCCCAUCUAGCCUACAUCUUUGGAAUUUCCUGUUAGUCACCCACCCAAACAGCCCUGAUCCUGCUUAGCAUCUACAGUUAAGCAAUUCAGCAAGAUGUUGUAACCUGCCAAGAAUUAACAUUAACAUUCAAUGCAUUACAUUGAAAUUGGUGUUUAUAAACCUGAGUCAUAUAUUACUUUUGGGAAGUAGCUGAUAACUCAUUAAAGACAGUCUUCAGCCCUUCUGUUUAAGAAUUUAUACUCAUUUGUAAAGCAGAGUUGGUAAAUCUUUUAGUAAUGGUGGAAAUAGUUACUUUUUUGGGGGGGAAGGGAAUGGGCAAUACAGUAGUAGGUAGAAUUAUGUCACUUGUGAACACAGAUUGCUUAAUUUCAUUGAUUUCAGUUAUAUUGGGCUUCCUCUCUAUAGAAUUAAACUAAUAACAGCUCAACAAUUAUAACCAUAUUAUUAGUAUCUAAGAAGAAUUAAUAAGAAUCUUUACAUUCUUUAUAGGAACUUAUGCUCAAAACUCCACCAUCCUUCCAGCAUUUUGUUACUGUCAGAUCAGGCCAGAAUGACUUAAUUUCUUGAAUUUCUGUCGCAAAAUCCUGUUUUAGUGAAUGUAGAAGAGAGCCUGAGGCAAAGUUUUUUUUUAAUGUCGUGAGUUACCUUGCUGUUAUCUUUAAUUCUUUUAUUUGCUGUUUUAUUGCCAGCUUUACCAGUGUACUAAUUUUUCUGCUCACUGGCCACAAUGAAGCGUUCAUUCAUUCAUUUUCCAGCAUUGCUAUGAAACAGCAUACUUCGUUUUCCAGCACAGCAGAGAUUAUUAUUCUGUCCUUUUUAUGUCAUCCUCUAAUUCCAGUAUCUCCAAAUAUCAGCCUGCAAUAAAUUAUUCAGAUUGCAAAGUAAAAUCGGUUGCAGCUGUGCAAUAGAAUGUAUUAAAACAGAAACAUGUUGCGGUUGUUUUUAACCAAUCCGGAACAAACAUUUGCAAGUGACAAAAAGGGUUUUUCAUGGUGAAUUUUGAGGGUUAGCAUUCCAAGUAUCAACAAGUGGUUCCAUCUGUAACACCCUGUAAAAAGAGCACAAAAUUAACAACCUGGCAACCUCCAUCCCCACCCCCCACCACCCAUUUAUCAUGAUAGAAAAAGCCAGCUAUCAUACAUAAAAAAAUCUGGCUGCUUGUUCAAGUGAUGUUUGUUCAAACUUCCAGUUAAUAAUUGGUAGCAAUGGGCCAUUUCACCAAAGAAUUCUAGGUUUAUUGAUGAUGGGAGGGAAUGAUUAAAUCUCCCACUCCAUAGUGCAUCUGGGAUAAGAUUAGAUCUCUGUCCUUGUUUAUAACUAAUAUUAUUACAUCACAUGCUACAUAUAAAAUAAAUGACUCUUUUGAUAGGGAAGAUUGGGAAAGAAUAAGGGACUAAGAAGCCAUUGAAUAACUUGUACACAGUUCUAAUCUCAUUUAUAGAUUUGGGGGAGUAGAUAGCAGAAUUUGCUAUUAAGCAGAACUCCAGUGCACAAUUAUUCAUUUCUGCAGGGAUACACAUUAACAAUUUCAAAAUAAAGAUAUUAUUUUAAAGCCAAUUAAACAUUCAGGAACAACUAGCAGUAGAAGGUUUAUUCUUAUUUAAAAGUGCAGAUGAAAUCCUGUAUGUUUGAAUGUUUCUUCUUAAUUAAGCCCUUGGCACAUAGAAAGCCACCACAUCAGAAUGCUAGCUAAUUGUGAAAACAGACAUCACUAGCUUUUGACAUUCAACAACUUUGAAAAUUUCUUUGGGAGGUUAAUGUAAGUCUAAUGAAAAAGAAUUAUUACACAUCUACUCCCACAUAGUAAUCAAACUAGCUUUAUGCAUCCCAGCAGAAGCAGCUCUGAACAAAAGGAUGUUGGAAGAAGAUACUCAGGCUACUUCUUUGAGCAAUCACCUUAAUGCUUUUUAUAUACUGCAAAUGUUGUGUUAAACAAGCAUUUUUAAACAUUGGUGUUUGGGUAUUUGUGGCCUUGGGCUAUAUUGCUUACAUAAUUUACCAACUUUAAGAUGGGAGUUGAAAACCACACAUUUUAAAGUUGCCAAGGCUGGGAACACUGGUCUAGACCAAAUUCCAAAUUUCUUGGCAAUAAAUUAGAUAAUAUAUAUUGUAAGUCAAAUCAGCUGUUGCACUAUUGUGGCACAACCAUUGGGUAGGUUUUAGCCAAAACUCCAGUUUCACUUUAAUUGUUAGUUGUUUUACUACAUAGAGUGGAUUCAAGAGGAUUAGAUAUCAUAAAUAUAUAGAGAUAAAUUCCAUAUUUUGAUAUGGAAUUCAUGAAUGUUGCUGAACUAGUAGGGCUAACUAGGAAAUGGGAAAAGAUGGGAAAGAUCUACUUAUCUAAUAUUUUGGCAAGAAACGAAAGAAAGAGUUAACUCACAUUUUGUUUAAUAAUAUUUUACCCAAAAUGUGUUGUUGUUUUUUCAUUUUGCCUCUUAAGACUAAAUUUAAGCAGAUGCUAGUGAGUAAAACUAAGUUUGCUCAAGGGAUUUCUUUUUAGGUUGAGAUGUUCCAAAUGAAAAGCCAAAUUAAAUAAAGGCUAAGGCUUGUUUUGGGAGAAAAUUUCAGAAUAUACAUAUGUGUGUGUAUGUAUGUAUGUAUUAUCUAUCUAUCUAUCUAUCUAUCUAUCUAUCUAUCUAUCUAUCUAUCUAUCUAUCUAUCUAUCAAAUCAAUCUUCUGAAACAGAAGAUCCACAUACAACUUUAUGAUCCCACUCAUUAUGGAGGGGGGAUGCAGGAACCAGUGCAAUAAUUCUUGCUUCUGUACCUUGCCCUUUAAUUUACAAUGAUUUCUCAAUGCACCAGUGGACAGUGUCCUCUCUGUAGAUAUGAACGCCAGCCUAAGUGGGGGCGGAUUCCAACUCCCCCAAUUGAAUUAGAUGUGUAUGACUUGACUGGUCUAUCAUCACCAUCUUUAUUGAUAAUAUUGCCUCUGUUUCAGGCGCUCCAGCAACUGACUUGUGGAUUAAGAUCCAAAUGAGAGAACUUAAUGGAGAAGGCUCAGUCAUAGAGUGUACAUGGAAGUAUAAAACACACAAUCUAUAGUUACAAAUUGAUUCCAUCAGAUUUACUGUACAGUUCUUUAGGAAAUAACAGGCAGCCGAAAAGUAAGUUUCACAUGACAGCAAAUUUAAUUUGAAAGGGAACCAAAGGUGUCAUCAUGUCCUGGAAAACAGCAAGAGAUGUAAUAAUCCAAGGACCUUCUUCAGAUUUUCUUUGGUAUGAUCUGGGGAAAGAGAAUUGGGUUUUGCCAAAUUAUUUCCAUGUCUCGUUAUGCUGCAACCGAUGCUGUGCUACUUUGCACAUUUUAAAAAAAAAAUAUGUAAAGGGUAUUUUUAAAUAUGUGUUUCAUAUAAAUAUUUUAUUCAAUAUGCUGUAUCUGUGUAUACAACAAAAUGGUAAUAAACACAAACUGUACAAUGCAGACAAA